AUGAUCCAAAGCCUCCUUCAAAUAGAGGGCGUCUUUGGAGGGGGUAGCUUCACCUACUUAGGCAGCUCGCUGGAUGUUUUAAGCGUUAUGUUCAAUCCGCGCACAUUGAUAGUGUGCAGACAUGUUCGGCAGAGAUUCCCUCCUCGUGUGUGGUACAGUGUAGGUCUUCCACGCUUCGAUCGAAAAGGCGGAGAGCUGCGUUUAGACGCUCAAGCACUUUCUUGGCCCACUUCAUCUCGUGUGUGGUCGGUGCUUUCUGCAGCACAGCUGCGUUUUUCAGGCACGCGCUUUUGUGCGUGCAAGUGA